UCGCGGAAGCGGCAGCAGUCACAGCCCCGCCGCCCAUUGGCUGGUGACGGUCACGCGCUUCGCGCGGGCUUGAGAUAUCUGGGGAUGAACUAGGGAGAGAGCAUGGCCAGGCUGAAUCUGCACCUGCGCGAACUGGUGGGGCCUCUGCUUCCGCCCAAGGACCAGGCGGAGGAGGAGGAAGACUGUGGCGCGGGGCUUGCGGAGGAGGAGGAAGAACCCGUGUUUAUGGAUGCCGAGGAGCUCUGCAGCGGCGGCUUCAAGGCUGGCGGCCUCCCCUGGCCCCGGCUCGUUAUAAUUUAUGAUGAAAACACGCAAGAGCAAUGUAAAGUGGUUGGACGUUUCCCAAUAACGGGUCCUUGGUGGCGUGUGAAGGUACAGGUGAAGCCUGCAGGAUCAAGGAACUAUCAAGUUCAAGGGUUUCCAUCGUACUUUUUACGAUCCAACAUGUCGCCACCAGAUCAAAAAGCUAUCUGUUCUCUCUUUCUUAAAGAGUGUGGGGUCCCCUGUGAGGAGGUAAAUCAGUUUUUAGCAUGGGUAAAAAAGGUAUCAAGCUAUGAAAACCUCAGCUUUGAAAAUCUUAAGGAAACACUACAGACUUUCUACAAGGAAAUCAGAAAGAAAGAUAAAAAACAAUUUGGACAGAAGGAGCAACAGGAGUUAUUACCAGAAAAUGAAAUAAGCCUCCCAAUGGAAAAGCAAAUUCCAUUUGUAAACGUCAUGACAGCUUUGCACUUUCCCAAAAUCAUGGAAUUCCUUCCAGUUCUGUUGCCGCGACACUUUGGCCAGCUCAUCAGCACAGGCUCUGAGGAGCUGUUGGAAGCCAUCGAAGAGAUCUUAGGUACGCAGCCGUGGAAGCUGGGAUUUAGUAGAAUAACUUACAGAGACUUGAAGCUUUUGCGGUGUGAGGCAAGUUGGGCAGUCUUGUCCCAGUGCCCAUCUCUUCUCCAGCUGAUGACCGAUGUGGAGAAAAAUGCAUUGGAAUUGUAUUCUAAACUGAAGCAGAUGUGCAGAGAACACGGGCACACGUAUGCUGAGCAAGCGUCCUUGACUUCGCUAGUGCGUUGCGAUGUUUGGCGGUCUCUGGAGUUUCUGAGGGACAUCGGUGUGGUGACAUUUCAGAAGGACUGUGUCUUUCUCUAUGAACUUUACCAGGCAGAAAGAAUCAUUGCCUCUUUAAUAGGUGACCUCAUGAUGAGACCUCCGUGGCAUUUGCACGUCGAUGUCAGGAAGGUGCUGGCAUCUAUACACCCCACAAAACCCAGGGACUCAAGAAGCAAGGACACACUGAAGGAAAGUAAACCUGAUGAAGUAAGAUUAGAAAAUUCUAUAGGCGUUUUGGAACUACAGGACAGUGGUGAUGGUAUUUGGGAUGAUGACAAUGAUACUAAUGCAGAAAUGAAUGAAGUCCAGCUGGAUUAUGAUCAGGUGGCCGCUUUGGAAAUGAUCUGCUCCAAUGCUGUGACAGUCAUUAGCGGGAAGGGUGGCUGUGGGAAGACCACGAUCGUUAGCCAUCUUUUUAAGUACAUAGGGCAGUUAGAGGAAAGAGAAGUGCAAAAAGCUUGUGAAGAUUUUGAACAGGAUCAGAAUGUCCCCGAGGAGUGGAUCACCUUUACUGAACAAGGUCAGCAGGGAGUAGACAAGCCUAUAGAAGUUUUGCUGACAGCACCUACAGGGAAAGCAGCUGGUUUACUGAGAGAGAAAACGAGCCUUCCUGCUUAUACACUGUGCCAGGUCAAUUAUAGCUUCUAUUUUUGGAACAAAAAGCUGAUGAAGAAGAAUUUGCCAUGGAAGUUUUCCUCAGUGAGAGUUUUGGUUGUGGAUGAGGGGAGUUUGGUGUCUGUAGGAAUCUUCAAAUCAGUCUUAAAGUUGUUGUGUGAGCAUUCCAAACUUUCUAAGCUUAUUAUCCUUGGUGAUAUUAGACAGCUACCCAGCAUUGAACCUGGAAACCUGUUGAAAGACCUUUUUGAUACCCUUAAGCCAAGGAAGUGUGCUGUUGAGCUGAAGACCAACCAUAGAGCGGAGUCUCAGCUAAUUGUGGACAAUGCUACACGGUAUAAGAGAACUAAAAUGUUGCAUUUUGUCUCUAUUGGAAACAAAAAAAUCUCAGAACGCCAGUUUCCAAGAUUUGAUUUACAACUAGAUAUCUCUGAGAAUUCUACAUUCCCCAUCUCGAUUCAAGAUGAGACAUUCAUUUUUGUCCGACUCCCAGAAGGGGAUGCUAGUUCUCAGUCGUCUCAAAGUGAUCAUUUAUAUUCUGCGGUUAAGGCUUUACUGCAAGAAAAUGACUUUAAAAGUGCAAAAACAUCACAAUUCAUUGCAUUUAGAAGGCAAGACUGUGACCUCAUCAAUGACUGCUGCUGCAAGCACUAUACGGGCCAUAUCACCAGAGAUCACCGGAAGAGGCUCAUAUUUGGAGUUGGUGAUAAAAUUUGUUGUACCAAGAAUGCUUACCUCUCAGACUUACUUCCUGAAAGUCCUUCUGCAACUCAGCCAAGUAGUGACCUGCAGGCCAGCGGUGAAGGCUUUUGUGGUACUCCUCAUGAUUUUGCUAAAAACAAGUAUGAACUUGAAAGUGGUAUUCGACUAUGUAAUGGAGAGAUAUUUUUCAUAACAAAUGACACAACGGAUGUGACUUUUGGGAAGAGAAGAUUUCUGACGAUUAGUAACAUGGCUGGCUUGGAAGUAACUGUGGAUUUCAGGAAACUGAUGAGAUACUGUCACGUAAAACACGCGUGGGCAAGAACUAUUCAUACUUUCCAGGGGUCGGAGGAGCACACGGUCGCCUACGUGGUGGGGAAGGCAGGCCGCCAGCACUGGCAGCACGUCUACACGGCCGUGACCAGGGGCCGCUGCAGAGUGUACGUCAUUGCGGAAGAGUCUCAGCUCCAGAGCGCAGUCAGGAGACCGAACCUUCUCAGGCAAACGCGUCUGAAACAUUUCUUGCAAAGUGAGCUCUCUACCAGAUGCGACUCGCCAGCAGAUUGUCCAUCCCAGCCGGUGAGCUCUGGGGACAGCGCAGGACCCAGCCUGCCGGCAGCACCCCUCCCUAACGACACAACCAUCAGCGUCUCAGAUGAUGUUGCCAAGAGCCAGACCUACAGGAUGAUCACCCCUGCUAGAGGGUUUCCUUCUUGUGAUAAAAUAGACACAGAUGAGGAUUCAUCACCAUCUCGAGGGUCCAAAAGAACCUCUGCAGUGAACAACUGUGACAGCCCAAACAAAGCUUUCAAGGUGCAAGAACCAUCUCCACAAGUAUCUUCUAAACUUCGGAAUUUGAGGCUAAAUAGAUUAAUCCCCAAGCAACUUUUCCAGCCCACAGACAAUGAAGAAGAUUUCAGUUCGGAUUGCUCAAAGUAAUCAUGAAUUAUUUUCCUUUAAAAACAAAAGGACAUUUUAGCCUCAGAGUUUCAAGAUGAGGGAAGAUCCCUAUAAAUUGGACUUUUUACUUCAAGACAGCUGUGUUUAGAAGAUGUUUUAAAUUGAUUUGAUCAAACAGAAUCUUGAUGACUUCAACAUCUAUCAUUGUGAGAACUGGUAGUAUUGUAUACAACUGGGGGGAAAAAAGAAAAAGUGUGUUCAGAAACACCCUUGUACUUUCAAGUACACUAUACUUCUUUAGGAUGAUGUUUUAUGUCCAUGAUCAUUGUUGGUUUCUUUGCCAGUGGGCAGAAGCAGUGGCAGCGGUAAGCUGCCUGUUGAUAUUGGCACACACUCAGGGUGUCCUGCUCAUGUACAAGGUCUCCUCUCCCUGUGUCACUGCUGUUGAAGCCCCGCACACCUGGGACUUUUCCUGGACAUCCCUUUGAGUUGGACGCAUUUUUGUGAACGUAUCCCACAUGGGGACUAGUUCUCACUAUUUGAUUUUAAAUUUUUACUGUUAAAUGGUGCUGUGGUUUGUGUCUCUCCAAGUUCAUGCGCUGGAAGCUUAACUUCCAAGCCCUGGUGUUGGGAGGUGGGGCCUCGUGUGAGGCCUUGAGGUCCUUGAGGCCUUGAGGCCUUGAGGUCCUUGAGGUCCUGAGUGGGUUAGCAACGGGGGCAGUGGGUUCCUGAUAAAAAGCAAGUUCUGCCCUCUCCUGUUCUCUCCGGAUCUCGUCUCCCCUUCCUUCUGCCAUGAAGCAGGUUGCCCUGGCCAGACCCCAGCUCCUCGAUGAAUGCAUGCCUUGUUUUAUCGCACUUCGUUGAUUGUGCUUCUCAGCUCUACUGUUAUGUGUAAAUUGAACUUUUUUGGCAGUCUUGUCAUCAUUUUUCCAACAGCUCAGAAAAUAGCAGUUUUUAGCCAUACAGUAUUUUUAAUUGUGAUUUUAUAUGGAUAGAUAUAAUGCUUCUGCACACUACAGAACUUUUAUUUGUAGUGGGAAACCACAAAAUUCAUGUGACUCACUUUAUUGUCAUAUUCUCUUUAUUGCAGUUGUCUGGAACCAAACCCACAGUACCUCUGGGGUGUGCCUAUAUGGGACUCCCAGCCCAGGUUACCCAGUCUGUCGUGUUGUUUGACAGCAGCCCUGCAGUGCAGAGGCGACUUCUAGUGUCACAGGUGGGGGAGCUGCCUCCUGGUGGGUAAAUGUCGUACUGCCAGUGAGCAGCAGGGCCGGAAGUGAAAUCCAGAUCUGCUUUCGAAGCCCGUCCUCUUCCUACUUCUCCACGGUGCUUUCUAGUUUUAUGGCAAAACCUCCCCUCCUCCCCCUGGUGGAGAACUGCGUAAACGCUGUGUAGAACUCAGGCUAGAGUAGUGAAUGUAUUCAGUGCAUCGAGACUGCAUUCCCUUUUUUUUUUUAAGCUUUUUAAAAUCACUGUUUAUUCCAUUUGGUAGAGGACUUUUUUCCAUACAAAUAUUUGCAACAAUUUUGAAUUCCCCAAAACCAUACAUAGACGAUAAAUACCAUGCUAUUAAAGUAUUAAAUUUGUACAAAAAUACUUUACAGUUUAAUACUUGUUUGUUACAAAUAAAAAUACAUAUUUAAGUGA